AUGGCUACCACAGAGAUGAUGGAUGUAGAUUCUGCGCAAUCAAAGCCUUCGAGGCUUCCCAUCACCGUCACAAAAGAAAACCCAUACACAUUCGACCUCGGUCAUCUUAUGGCGCAAGAUCCCAAUCCACUUGUCAUACCGAAAUCGGAGAAUGUCAACGAUAGUCUGCAAGCUGUCGCGCGAGAUGGCGCACAAGUGCUAAUCAACCAACUUCUUACUACAUGCCCCGUAACUUCGAGUACAAAGGACGGUGUACUUCUGACUCUCCCUCCUCAUCACACCUUACUACCACGAUACAAACCUCUACCCAAACCCAAAGAACCCACGAAAUGGGAACUCUUCGCCCGCAAGAAGGGAAUUGGCAAAUACAGCAGCAAACCCGGAGCAGCUCUUGCCGAAAAGGAGCGACGCAAGAAACUUGUAUAUGACGAAGCGAGCGGCGAAUGGGUUCCUCGCUGGGGUUAUAAGGGAGCCAACAAAUCCGGCGAGAAUGAUUGGCUUGUGGAGAUUCCUGAUAAGGAGUGGAAGAAUGAAGCCGAGGGUAAAAAUAUACGCAAUGCGGGCAGACAGGAGCGUAAGGAGAGGGUGAAGAGGAAUGAGAGGAAGAUGAGGGCGAAUGAGCGGAGGAGUAGGAAGUUUGGUGCAUAG